UUCAAGAACUUUCUGUACAAUUCUGGUACAACUUGGAUCUUCAAUCCGCCACAUUCAUCCCACAUGGGUGGAGCCUGGGAAAGAAUGAUUGGUAUCGCAAGGAGAAUACUUGAUUCUAUGCUUAUCAACGCAGCUGGAAGGAGUCUUACGCAUGACGUUCUAAAUACAUUCAUGGCAGAAAUUUCAGCAAUAAUCAAUUCAAGACCUCUGGUACCAGUAUCAACAGAUCCAGAGAAUCCGCUAAUCUUAACACCAGCUAUGUUAUUGACACAAAAGACCGAUUACAUCUUCACUUCAGAUCAGCUUGGAGAAUUCGACAAACGGGAUCUAUGUCUAGCCGAAUGGAGACGUGUACAGGCUCUGGCCAGUGUUUUCUGGUCCCGUUGGAGGAAAGAGUACCUGCCGUUACUACAACCACGACGAAAAUGGACCGAAGAUCGCCAUGAUCUUAUCAAGGGAGACGUUAUUCUCCUAAAGGACAAAAACCUUUGCCGUACUCAAUGGCCAAUAGGAGUUAUACUAAAAUCGUUUAAAGGUUCCGAUGAACAUGUCCGGAAAGCAGAAGUACGAAUAAUCGUAAAUGGAAAAGCAUCCGUCUACACACGACCGAUUGUGGACAUGAUUCUUCUCAUCGAGAAUGACUGUGUAUAAUUAAUUUUAUAGUGAUACUUUGGACUCAUAUAAUCAGAUAUUCAAGUGUGUGAUAUAUUUGAAAUAGUGAUAUCCGUUAGACAUCAGACGGGGAGUAUUCUGUUCCACAUUUAAUGUUUAUUACAUGUUUUCAUUUUUAUCCGGAACAAAUUGAACUGGACCGUUUUCUUAAAUCACCGCAUUUAUCGACCACCUUUAAUUUAUGUGACACCGUCCGCAUCAAUAUUUCAACGCAUGGAAAAUGGACGACUUUUCUACUUUCUGAGGAAAUCGAGACAUACCACUGUCAAUUUACCAAUCUACUGACUACUUGUAACCUUUCUGGUGGAAUAUAUUAAUUACAAUUUAUCAAAACAAGUUGUGUUCGUUAUAUAUUCAUCGAGAUUGCGAUUGCAGUCACCUGGUUAAACUAGUUGAGUCCGGCUCAG